AUGGUCCCUACCUCGUCGCCCUUUGCCGAUCUCGCCGUAGACCCCCAGUCUGGCGCCCCCGAAGAAGACUUCUAUCUGCAUCUCCAUCUUCCUCCCGAACUUGACCUGCCGCUUCCCGCGACCACCCAGAUAUACCACCAACCGCCGCGGAGCUACCUCAUCCCGCGCUGGGACCUUGGUCGCGAUGCCGGCGCAUUCACGCGAAUCGAGUUCCCCUCGGUCGGCAGCCGCAAGGGUCUGCAAGAGGAUGUCGACACCUUUGAGACUAUCCUAGCGCAGUGCACUGCUUUUCUCGAGCGGGCGCCGCCUCCAAAGACCUCCAAAGUCGGCGGUACGGAGAAGUCAGCCUCCAGCAAGGGCGACUAUGGCGCCGAAUCGUCCAAAUCCAAGGCGGGUCUUGGCGAGGAGCUUCCAGCAUAUAACCCUGCCGAUUUCAAGCCUGGCGAGGGCUAUGUGAAGGGUAGCCACAGCUCGCACCAGGGAGGCCAGAUUGUGCUGGUGGACGAAGAAGACGGAAGCGUCAUUGGCGAGCUAGGUGAAGGCUUCCAGGUGGUCGAGGACAGCGCUCUCAAACCCGGCUCGAAAGAUCCCGUCGAGAUUAAGCUGCCGUCUGACACCAGCCAAUUGAUCGGAGUCUCGCCCGCCACAAAGGAAGAUGUCGAAUUGUUGAUGCACCCCGCCUAUCAAAAGUCUUUCCUGGUGUCUCACGCCGCCCUCGCCUCACGCCUGAUCAUCACAACGUCAGAUAUGGUGUCCAAGGCGCUCCAGGGUGGCGCUGAUACUUUCACCAAGAAAACUCAGCCGGCGAGCAAGCCGAUGACCUUCAAGCCUACGACUCACGAGCACAUCCGGCGGAUCAACACGUUCACCGGCAGUGUCGCCGGAACAUCCUCCAAGACGGUGGGCCACAUUGGCAAGGUAGCGCAGAACCUGGGUGCUACGCUGGCACGGCACGGCCAGAAGAACGGGCAGCCGAAGGGUUUUGGGCCCGACGGUCAACCACUGGACAGCUUCAAGCCGGGUCUGCUCAACAAGAGCUUGAUGGCCUUCUCGACGGUCGCAGACGGCAUUGAGCAAGCAGGCCGGAAUCUUUUGACCUCAUCCUCGGCAGCUGCCACGACUGUUGUCGGUCACCGGUGGGGCGAGGAAGCCGGCGAAGUGUCACGAAAGCUUGGUGGGGGUGUCAAGAACGUUGGCCUCGUCUACAUUGAUGUCACGGGUGUGUCCCGCCGCGCCAUUAUCAAGAGCGUCGCGAAAGGCAUGGUCGUCGGCAAGGUUCCCGGUGGCGGCGAGGUCAUCGUUGGCGGGGGCGAUGGCGGCGCGGUAACGAUCCAGGAUGUGACCAAGGACAAGGAGGCCGCUGGCUCGGUUGCGGGGUCUAGUAAGGCGGGUUUUGGCGACAAGAACCCGUACAAUGGGAAGCACUGA